AUGUCGGAGCUGCCCGGGAGAAAGGCGCGCCGCGAGCAGCGGCAGCGAGCCCUCGGGGUAGACUGCGUAGACCGCCUUACAUGGAAGGAGUGGGAACCCGGAAAGGAGUACAAGCGCAAGAUCCUUGUCAAGAACGUUGACCGUGCCUCGCAGAGCAUUCAGCUUUCACUGCCAACGAACCGCAAGAUCUUCCUUACUCCUUUUCCGGAGCCAAUCAUGCUGAGCAGCGGCGUGUCGCACGAAAUCGCUAUCACCUUCCGACCCACAGAGCUGGUGGAGCUGCAUGAUGCCGUCACCAUCACUGUAGAGGGUCGAGGAUCCUUCCAAGUGCGGCUGGACUGUCUUACGCCGUACGCGAAGCUGACACUUCCGUCCACCCACGACUUCGGCUACUGCGCCGUCGGCUCCACCGCGCACGCGCAGGUGCAGCUGCACAACAACGGCACCGCCCCGGUGGAGUUCAGCUGGGAAGUCCCGGCGCCGUUCUGCAUUCUGCCUAGUCACGCCGUACUGGUUGAGGGGGAGAUGAUCCACAUCACACUCCUGUUCACGCCGACAGAGGGCUGCACAAUGGUGGCGCGGGCCGUGUGCCGGCUGACAGGAACAGACGACAUAAUCGCCACCCUCACGAUAUCAGGCAUUGGCAAGCACCCGUACAUUUGUUUCCAGGAGCCAAGUACGGAGGAGGGAACGCUGGUGGUGCAAAUGGAGGCGCAGCAACACAGAGGCAGCAACAGCAGCAGCAAGCUGAUCCACCUCUAUAACCCCUCGCCAGUACCCGUGUCAGUGCGGAUUCGGCGCGUGGAUGAAAGCCUUAUGUGCGCCUUCCGCUUCACAGUUGAAGGAAAGGUGGCGUUGGAGAAAGACGACCCGAAUGACGACGGCACCUUUCUCGUGCCACGCGGCGCGGUGCAGCCCGUGCGCAUUCACUACGCCCCUGGAAGUCCCGGAGUGAUCGACUUCAGCACCUUUCACAUUGACUGCGCGCACGGCAACUCUUUACAGGUGGAGCUUAGUGGGAUCGCACUUGGUCCGCGCGUGACGGCGUCGAGCAGCAGCUUUGACUACGAGGCUGUGAACCUCGAGCAUAUGCCCACCGUGAAGCAACGCACGCGCUAUAUCACACUGCGAAACACGUCGGCGACGGACGCCCCCUUCACGUGGAUGAACACGUUGCCUGGAGCAGCCUUUACUGUAGUACCUCACAGCGGUGUCGUUGCAGCGCAGUCAAGCCUGCAGGUAGCCAUCACCUUCCAGCCCACGCACCCCAUCCUGUACUACCGUCGCCUGUACCUGCUCAUCGAGGGUGCGAAGGAUGUGGUAGGGGUCGAUGUACUCGGCAGUGCCUACACUAGUGCUCUGCGGCCGCCGACGUUGACUCUCGUGGACGUCGAAGCGGCGCGUCUGCGGAUGGAGCGAGGCUUGGGGCUGCUUACCCCGGAGGAACUUGCGAGCAUCGCCGCGGCGGCAGCCGCAGGGGACGAGUCGAUAGACAGCUUGCAGAAGAACGGCCAGCACAACUCUGUGCCUGCCUCGACGCUGGACAUUUGGCGACGUAUCGAGGAAGACGUCCGCAGCCCAGGCGUUGUCAUACGUGGGGCGAAACGCAAAAUGCGUUUCCCGCUGAGUAGCUUGGAGACGGCCAACGGCAGCGUUGCCAUCGACACACCUUUUGGGGUCGACGCAAAGCCUCUCUACACGUUUGGAGGUGGUGGCAGAAUCGGCAGCGACUCGCGGGGACACCUGGUGACGGUGAUGAAUACAUCCAGUGUGACCGCUGUGGCUACCUGGAGUCUGCCCGCCCCGCAUAUGUGCCCGUACAUGAUAGCGCCCACGCAACAAGCUGUCCCCCCGCACGGCUCUGCCGUCUUUCAACUCCAGUGCAACAGCUCUGUGAGCGACGAGCUGCCGCCCGCCUGCACGCUGGAGUGCUAUGUGAACUAUGAGUCUAUGUCCGCCUUCUACUUGGCGCCGGAUGCGUGCGUACUGCCGCCGCAGUGCUUCACGGUGACCUGCACGAGUGCCAGCAUUGACGUCCUCACUUCAGCCAAGCAGAAGCCGCCGUCGCAGCAGUGCACAUCCAACCAGAUCAGCUACGCGCGUCAGGUCUCUCUGCCGGCGUGCCGCCUCGGCGGCUCCUCCUACCAAGUGAUAGCAUUCCACAAUGAGGCUGCUACGCCGGUGCACUACAAGGUGGCCGGUGUCAUGCUCAAGCAGGUCAGUGCAGUCGUUGCGCCACCGAACACGGCACUUGUGACACCGGAGAGAGAAGCCUCAGCAGCUGCGGUAGCGGCAAGAGCGGAGCAGCAAGAAGCCGGUGAGGCGGGCGAGGGUGUGUUCUCAGUAUACCCGGCCGCCGGGGUGGUGCCAGCUCUGAGCCGCCAGCUGCUUGUCGUGAAAUUCAGUCCCAGCGCCAUGGCGCAGUACGCUGCAACUGCGAGGAUUCUGUGGGAUGAAAACCUGCCACAUUCCGCCACCUCCACGACCUCUGCCGCUGCUCUCUCAUCUGCCGCAGGCACCACGUACCUUUCCCUCUUUGGUGAGGUGUGCCUACCGCAGCUACAGUGGCGCCAGGCUGGCGAGGGCGUGACGACGCCGCUGAGCAGGCUUUCAUUACCGCCGUGUUGCAUCUCAGGCGAAGCGCAGCACCGCGCCUGGGUGCGCAACCCUACGGCACUGCCAGUUGAGUUCCGUUUCGACACGUCAACGGAGCUUCUCGGGGUGCUUCGAAUGGAACCUGAGCGGGGGGUGGUGCCCGGUGGCGCGCGGCUCCCCGUAACGCUCUUCUUUAGCCCACAGCAGCCUCGUGUGUUCGACGGCUUUCUACAGUUGUACGUGCAGGACGGUACCGAGGAGGCCGCAGCGCCGAGCACGAUGCAGCUGCAGUACCGUCAGCAGCUGCGCGUGCGCGGCGAAGGAGUCUACGCUAACGUCGAGGUGGAGCCGCGAAUCAUCGACAUCGGUGAGGCCGCUGACACGCGAGAGCAGCAGGCCGCCCUCACGCUCUACAACAGCGGCUACUGCGAUGUGCAGUACGAUGUGCGCGCCAUGUUAGUGCACUCCGGCAAGCCCGGAGGUGCUGCAACAGUGGUGCCGCGUCUUCACAACAGUCGUGGUGUCCUACCGGCGCGCACGCACACAACAGUGCUCGUGGCGGCGCAGCCUGCACCAGGCUUGACGGAGUUCAUCGUCUAUGCCAUCGUUAGCGGCUUGUCCACAAUCGUGGCGGACGUGCAGGACGCGCCAACCGCAGAGGAGGCUGAACGACACCCCCACUGCCGCUGGCGUCUGCGGGCCGCACACCCAGCAGUGCAGGUGGUGGACGUUGAUUUCCCUGGCGUGCCGCGUCCACUGGCGUGGCAGCAGCUCAGCCUCAACGCCAUCAAUGCACAGCUUGCUACGGCUGCUGCAGAGCCUGGGGACAGAAGCAACGGUGUGAACGCCUCGUUCCAGCACUACGUUAGCGGAUUGGACCCGAUUUCGAUGGAUCUUGGCGUUGCACACAAAGGUGACUGCAGCGUAUGUCUCACGGUGAGCCUCCAGAACACCGGCGACUGCCCUGCGCCGUUCGAUGUGAUGCUGCCAACACAGCAUGAGGCAAACACCGAGCGCUGGUGCCUGGAUAACGCAGAGCUGGCAAGCCUGCACUACAUCAUUGAUCACGGACUCGUGACGGUGGCGCCGCAGCACGGCAGCAUUGAUGUUGGGCAGACAAUUCAGCUCGAGGUGCGUUACGUGCACGAUGAGGUGGGCGUACAUCGACUACCGAUGCUGCUGCGGGUUGGCCGCGGUGGGCGGCGCGUCGCCGUGGUGCUGGAGGGACGCACGCUGCCUGCUGAGGUACGCGCGUUGAACUUCCAUCACCAGAAGGUGUACGAGUUGAUGCCAGUCGCCCUGGGUGACAUGGAGCCUCCGCUGCAGUUUAUCACGGCAACAAAUCCGUUCGAUGUGCCUGUCGAGUACUCGGUCGAUUUGAUGGCGCUGCAGGAGCACGCACGAGAACACUACGGCUUCCCUGUGUUUCAGUGCGCCGACCCGCAGGGCAUGGUGGCGCCGCACGGUACGAUUCACAUCGGCUUCUACUUUAGGCCGCUGGAGGCGAGAAGGUACCACGUGAGCGUGCUGGUGCAGACAGCGCAGGGAGAAGGCUACUACGUUGAUCUAGUCGGCUGUGGCUACCACCCACACAAGGUGGCGGCGACGUCCGUAAUGCAGUGGAUCGAACAUGCGCUGGUGCAAGUACCCGCCAUCCCGUCCACACUCGCCGCGCGCGUGCACCCCGCGUUCUUGUCCGACGACGUCUGCACGCUCGGCGCCGUCCCCUACUUCACACUCUGCAGGCGCACCUGCACACUGCAGCUUGCUCCCGACUGCUCAACUUCCAUGCGCUAUACCUGGCAGGCUGAUCGCCCGCAGCGGGGGGAUGCACAGGUCGUCGUGCGCCCCUCCGAAGGCGUCUUGCAACCCGGUGAGAAAAAGACGCUUCAGGUACUCUUCUACGCAGGUAGCACCAGUCAAGUGCUGGAAAGACUUAUGACAUGCACCGUCGCGCCUUGCGCUGAGACGCGCGACGGGGAAGAAAAGCAGCCCGGCGGCGGUGGAGGUCGCCCAGGCCGCCGCGCUACGGCAACACCGCGUCCUAGCGCCAACCCCUCGCGUCGCGGAGGCAGUGGUGCCACGUCGCUUAGUCUGCUUCUGCAAGUGCGAGUGAUGCCGCGGGACGACUACGAGGCCCUCUACGGAUCAAAGAAGCUCAACGCCGCCUACACCCCGAUUCUCUACAGCAGCCAUGCUGACCCGAAAUCCUUCAGCACACCGUCAUCAGUCGCCUCGCAGACCACCGCGGCCCCCGCCACAACGACAGAAGUUCGCUUGGUGAAAGGGGUGAUGGAUGAGCUCAUCCGCUCCGUUGUCGCUGCACCCGCCGUUCAGAACUCCUUCAUAGCCCUGUGCGCCCCUCGCCACGUCACGUACGCCAAGAUGCGCGUGCUGCAUGCUGCGAAGGGCACCAAUGCUAAAGUCUUUCCCACCGCAGAACCGGCAGUCGAGGCAGCACCGAGCUGGGGAAACGCCAGCUCUGCCGUGGCAACGGAAGAAGUAAUCGAGGAGCUCCUCCGCAGCGUGCUUGCCAAGACAGUCGCUACCGUUUAG